AUGUCCGGCUCGCUGUCCAGGCCGCUGUGGGUGGUGCCCAGCGGCAGCAGCGUCAAGCUGCGCUGCCUCGCCACCGGAGUGCCCACGCCCUCCGUGGCCUGGCACCACGACGGAGGGCGCCUCCACGGCGGGGAGGAGCGGCGCCUCGGGGCCUUCCGGCUGAGGAUCAAGGACUGGACGCUCGUGCUGGACAGCGUGGUGCCCUCUGACGCGGGCAACUACAGCUGUGUGGUCAGCAACCAGCACGGCUCCAUCCAGCACUCGUACCAGCUCGUCGUCAUCGAGCGUGGCCAGCCCCAGCGGCCGUCGCUGCAGGACGGCCUCCCGGCGAACGUGACGGCGGCGGAGGGGAGCGACGUGGAGCUCCGCUGCGUUGUCCUGCAGAGCGCUGGCGGCAGCAGUCAGCAGCAGCUGCACCACCACGUGCAGUGGCUCAAGCACGUGGAGGUGAAUGGCAGCCUCGAAGCACCCAAUGGCUCACCCUACGUGCACGUCCUCACGACGGUGGGCGUGGAGGUGACGGACGUGGAGACGGACGUGCUGUACCUGCGCAACGUCAGCACGGACGACUCGGGCCGCUACACCUGCCUGGCGGGCAACGCCGCGGGAUUCGCUCACCGCUCCGCAUGGCUCCUCGUCGUGCCGCAAGAGACGCCGGCUGGUAAGAUGUCGACUGCCUCGCCUGCUCUGCAGGAGGUCGUGGUGGACACCGCCCUGGCUGCUCCCGUGAGAGUGGGCGGCGGUUCUUGUGCCGCCGCCCUCCUGCUGCUGAUCACCAUCGGUGCUGUCACCGGCCUCACGCGGAGGAGGAGAGGAUCGACCAGCGGAGAGGGGGAGAUGCAGGUGCUGUCUGCGCUGAGCGGCGUGGAGCUGUCGGGGGUGACGGGGCCGUGCGACCGCUGGGAGUUCCCUCGGGAACGGCUGACUCUGGGUGAGCAGCUGGGUGAGGGUUGUUUUGGCCGCGUGCUGCUGGCCGAGGCGCUGGGCAUGGAGCCGUCACGGCCUCACCGCAGCGUUCGCGUCGCCGUCAAGAUGCUGAAGGCGCACGCCACGGAAGCGGAGACCCACGACCUCCACGCGGAGCUGGAGACCCUCAAGAAGAUCGGACGGCACAGCCACCUGGUGAACCCUGGCGCAUGCACACGGGGCGGCCCCCUGCUCAUGAUCGUUGAGUUUGCGGCCAAGGGGAAUCUGCGCGACUUCCUGCGUGCACACCGCACGCCCGGCGCAGAGUGCACGGUGCGUGGCGGCUACGGAGCCGGCGGUGGUGGCGGUGAUGGCGGUGGCGGCGGCGGUGGUGGCGGUGGUGGCGGCGACGAGGUGAAGGGCGAAACGCUCUCCAUGCUGCAGCUGGUGGCCUUCGCCUGCCAGGUGGCACGCGGCAUGGAGUACCUCACCUCUAAGAAGUGCGUUCACCGGGACCUGGCGGCCAGGAACGUCCUCGUCGUUGACGGCGGAGUUGGUGGCGGCUAUUCGGUGAAAAUCGCUGAUCUGGGCCUCACCCGCGACGUGGGCGGCGAACGUGACUACUACUACCAGCACAAGACUGCUGCCGGACGCCUGCCGGUGAAGUGGAUGGCACCGGAGGCGUUGCUGCACCGCGUCUACACACAGCGGAGCGACGUGUGGUCCUACGGGGUGCUGCUGUGGGAGAUCUUCACCCUGGGGGGCUCUCCGUACCCGGGCGUCCCCGUGGAAAAGCUUUUCAAGCUGCUCGGUGACGGCUACCGCAUGGAGCGGCCUGCCCUCUGCUCCGACGAGCUACACGCGACGAUGAGCGAGUGCUGGGCGACCGUCCCCAGCGACAGACCGACGUUCGCGCGGCUGGCGGACGACUUGGGGCGGAUCCUCGUGGCCAACGGGGGCCGCCGUGACGAGGACUACGUGGACAUGACGGCCGGACUGAUGUAG